AUGAGUGAUGACAUAGUGAUUCUGGGAUACCAGUUUUCACCGGACAAGAUAAGCAUCCCUCAGAAGAAAUCUGAGGAGAUAAGAUUGAAGCUAAGAUCAUCAUGCGCAGCUGAUGUAGUGAAAGCGACACAUCAGCUAACGUAUUAUAAGAUGAUCCUCAAACCCAGCGUUCGAAACACGCUGUUGAAAAUAAGACAGAUUCUAACCAAGACAAACCAGAUUACGAACGUCGCGCAGGACCUGAUAGAAGCAGUCGACGUCGAAUGGUCGAUGGAACGAAUCAAACCUGAUGAUUCGAAGGAGUUGAUGAUAUUUGUGGACGCUUCAGAUAUGCAGGCGGGCAUGGUGGUUAUCUACAACGGUCAAACCGUGAUGACGGAAUCACUGGCCCUUACUAAGACAUCGACAACUCUGGCGUCAUACAAGGAAGUCCAAGGGGCGUAUAAACUCCUGACGAAAUAUAAGUCCGCAAUCGACUUUAUCGACAAAGAGGCGAGGAAGACGAUUGUGACGGACAGCCUGAGACUGUGGCAGGCAUUACAACGAGUUGAGGAACCAAGGAAUGACCUCGAAGUCUAUGCGGCGAGAACUCGCGCAUUAUAUUGUGCUCGAUACGAGCACAUUCCAGGAGGCCUCAACCCGGCCGAUUUUUUCUCGAGGAGACACCGUCUCCUCACCUAA